AUGCCGUUGACAGGCCUAUUCAUCGUUACAGUUGGUCCUGGCCAGUCUUCGCCGUCCGCUGCUCUCAUCUCGCACAUCUCUCGAUCGUUCCCCGCCGAGCCUCUGCCUACAUUUUAUUUGGACCAUCGGCUCUUCAUCGACACAUCCUCCUUGCUUCCCAGCUCGAAUGCCUCUCUUCGCAAGUCAACGAGUAUCCUGACCAUCUCCCACACUCCCACGACGACAUACGUGGCCACUACAUCUCCUGUGUCCCCCUCGAAAGAACAAUCCGCCGUGGCGCCGUCACCCACCCUGAUUACGAUCCCGUCCACAUCGGCGGACUCGUUCACCCAGCUGAUUGGGACCAAAUUCCAGCCGCUAUGGACACAUCGACAGUCUCUAAUAAUUGAAAAUGGAACAUCUCUGUCUUUUCUAGAUGGAGAGUGGAUAAUCCGCAUUGGGGACCUGAAGACCCCCCCGCGUGCGAACCAGGCGGGGUCCAAUCUCAGAGGCAUGUUGAUCGAGGUGUCACACAUGGAGGACGACAAUCACAUGCAGAUGCAGGGUCCAAAUGAUGUGCAGAAAGAUGUUCUUGACGUAGACAAGGAAGAUGAGGCCCUGCUACGUGGUUUCCUCGACUCGGUCACCGACGGGAGCGGCGUACCGUCUAUCACCAGCUCAGAUUCCAACCGAUUUCUGAUUCGUCGCACAAAGGUUCGGGAGAAGGAUAAAGGAGCUGCUUCACCUGCGGCGGAUUUCGAGCUAGCAAGCUUAUACCUGGACAUCCUUCGAGGCUCAAGAGGCUGA